AGAGGCGGGUCUUAAACUGUCAUAGACACGCGCACCGGGAAGUAGGAAGUAAAUACAGAAGAGUCGCGGUGCCGCUGGAAACAAGUCUGGCACCAUGCUGGAAGGCUACAGCCCUGUGACCCAGGCCCUGCUGGGGACUCUGUUUACCUGGGGUCUGACUGCUGCCGGAGCAGCCCUGGUGUUUGUCUUCUCCAGCCGGCAGAAACGCAUUUUGGAUGGAAGUUUAGGCUUCGCAGCUGGGGUAAUGCUGGCUGCUUCCUAUUGGUCGUUGCUGGCACCGGCGAUCGACAUGGCGGAAGAUUCCGGGAAGUACGGCUCGUUUGCUUUCUUGCCUGUUGCCGUGGGAUUCACACUCGGGGCAGCCUUUGUUUACUUUGCGGACCUGGCCAUGCCUCUGCUGGUAAGACCUCAUCCCUACCUACAGGAUAAUCCGUACUGACGAUAGUACCGGUUU